GAGGCAAAAGUUUAGCAGUCAUGUCCGAUACAGAAGCUGGCGCUGUUGAGGAAGGAGUUUAUCAAAGCUCAAAUGACGAGUCAUUCACUGUUGAAAAAGUUCAUUGUACUGUGCGCGGAAAGAGGGAUAAUCAGAACUCUGAACCUGGUGAAUCAGUUGAUUCAUUGUCAUCAGAGAGAGUGAAUGGAACGAUUACCAAAAAAAUUAAGCAAAGCCCGACAACUGCUACAGCUGAUCAAAGUGAUGCUGAGACAUCGAGUGAUGAUGGUCAAGAAAAACCGGUUAUUCCCAAAAAUGCAGUUUUCGACAUUCCUAGUUAUUUGUCAUUGCUUUCUGAAGUUAAUGUUCCACUGAACAUUACUGCUAAAGACCUCUUAAUAUUGUGUGAAAAACGUUUACAGUCGCCAGCUAAGAACAAAGAAAUUUUUGAUGAAAACCCUCUACCCCUACAACUUUCUGAAAUUGCUGAACUGAAUUCUUCAGAAGCAAAGUUGAUAUUAGAAACUCCGACUAUCAAUGUUCGGACAAAAGACGAGGUCUAUGAUGAAAAGCUGAAGAAAUUUUGUGAACUAAGUUCAAUUACAUUAAUACGUAACAUGGUUUCGGUAAUUGGGCUGGACUUGGAUGUUUUUUCAACCACAAAUAUGCUGGAAUUUUCUGAUCAUGAGACACAGAAUCGUGGUUAUCAUCUAAAGGAUAAUGCGCAACAGAUGGAAUCUGGUCGUAAAACUGGAAAGUCGUCAAGACGUUCGAGAGUUACUCGCAAGCGUCAUCGUCCGUGUCAAACAAUCAAGUUUGGAACCAACAUUGAUUUAGCUGAUCGGAACAAAUUUAGGAAACAAUUGAAUGAGCUAACUAAACUGCCUCCCUAUCUUCGACCAGAGCACGAUACUAACAUGUUGUCAUAUCUCGGGUAUGAUGUCGUUGGAAUGAAUACUGUGCAGUUUUAUAUGAAAGUACCUGGAGUACGGACGCCUGGUCACUUAGAAAACAACUGUUUGGCUUCUGUCAACAUAAAUAUUGGACCCGACGAUUGUGAAUGGUUUGGUGUGGAUUACGCUUACCUAGGCACUUUCAACAAAAUUUUACAAAAUCACAAGAUAAGGUUUCUUACCGAUUCUUGGUGGCCGAAUUAUUAUGAGCUACUGAAGGCUGGAAUACCGGUUUUCCGAUUUACUCAAAAAAAAGGUGAUAUAGUUUGGGUUGGUAGCGGCUGUAUUCACUGGGUGCAAAGUAAUGGUUACUGUAACAACGUAGCCUGGAACGUCGGCCCAUUCAACGCAAAGCAAUACGAAUUUUUGACUCUUAGUCAUGAAUGGAAUAGAGUUCAGAAAUUCAUGUCUCUUGUUCCGGUCCAACAUCUUAGCUGGCAGCUAGCACAACGCGCAGAAAUUGCAGAUGAAAAUUUGUACAAAUUAAUCAGAAAAGUGUUAAUUCGAUCAAUGGCGUACUGCAAAAUGACUGCUGAUGCCCUGUCGGCAUCCUUUAAGGAAAUUAGGAAACAUCCUCGUUAUGAAGGCGACGCAGCAUUGUUCUGUGUUGUUUGUGAAAUAGAAGUUUGGAACCUUUUCUUUGUUAAAUUCAACCAGGGCAAAUACGAUGUAUAUUGUUUACACUGCGCCAGAAAAAAUGAUCUCAACAACUUUGUAGCAUUACAACAGUACAGUUUCGAGGAGCUUUCAACUUUUUUUGAUCAGUUCAAGUGUCAUAAGGCAAGUGACAAUUUCAGGAUUAUUGGACUAAGCUCAGUAACGGUGAAAAAUCUCCACAAUAAUGACUCUAUUUGGCCUGUACGGAAUUAUUUUCGGGUUUCUUAGUU